AUGUCGACGCGAAAUCCAUCAGCACCGUCAGCUCGCCCACCGGAAGAGCCCGAUGAGCGGGCGCCCCUUUUAGGGGGGCACGAGUCUAGUCAUGGCGACUAUCCUAAGAUCACCUCCUUUCCCCGUCGCCGUCUCUUGCUCCUUGUGUGCCUUACCGUUGUGGCCGCUGACUUCGGCAACUAUCUUGGCUAUGCCCCUCAUAUCGAAAUUCUUGAGUCGAUUAUAUGCCGCCAGGCUCGGGGCAGCGGCUCAUUUGGGGUAGAUGACGACUGCAAGUCGCCUCAAGUGCAAGGAGAAUUGGCCCUGAUAAAUGGAUGGAAAGACACAUUUGACCAGCUACCAGGAAUCUUUCUUGCGCUUCCUUAUGGGUUUGCUGCUGAUAGCAUAGGGCGUAAGCCUAUCCUGGUACUCAGCUUGACUGGACUCGUUCUCGAAGAAAUCGCCGCUCGAUUAAUCUUUUUCUUUACCUCCGCCUUGCCGCUGCGGAUGAUUUGGAUGACGCCUGCUUUCCAAAUCAUCGGCGGCGGACCCCAAAUAGCGACCGCUAUGGCCUAUGCUAUAGUUACCGAUAUGGUGCCAAGUCAUCAAAGGGCAUCUGUUUUCUUCAUCCUGUCUGCUGCGACUCUACUAGGCGAAAUUAUUGCUACACCGAUUGCUGCAUUCCUAAUGUCAUGGAGCCCAUGGAUUCCUUCGCUGUUGGGUCUGUUCUUUGAGUGUUUGGGGCUGCUCGGAGCCGCUUUUAUCUCCGAUAUACCUUCCAACUCAGCGCCAUGCAACAGCCAAUGGGGUUUGGAGGAAGAGGAAGAAGAAGAAGAAGCAGAGGUCCAGGAAGAAGGUCGUAUUUUGACCUCGGCGCACGAUCCACCAUAUCUACGUUGGAAAAGUGCCAUACGACGGCAGUGGAAUCACAUUCGAAACCAUUAUAUUGAAUCCUGGAGCACCAACCUCUUCUAUACUGUCGGUGCAUUUUUAUUUGCAAGUAUAGGGCGCCAAGCGCUACAGCUUAUUGUUCAAUAUUCCUCAAACCGCUUUUCUUGGAGCAUUGCGCGCGCCAGCUCACUGAUCACGCUGAAGGGCACCAUAAAUCUCGUCACUUUAUUGUUUCUUCUCCCUUGCCUUUCCAGCUGGCUGAAUAAACAUUUACUUCUGUCACCUGCCGCCAAGGACCUCCGUAUUGUCCAAGGCAGUGUGUGGAUUUUAACUCUGGGUUCAGCCAUCAUGGCCGUUUCCACUCAUCCGGCCGGAUUCAUAGUAGGGGUCAGCUUGCUCGCAUUCGGAUGGGGGUUCUACUCGGCCCUGCGAAGUCUGGCCAUGGAACUGGUAUCGCCAUCGCAAGUGGGUAUUGUAAACACGGCGAUUGGGUUCGCUCAAAGUAUCGGUUCUAUGGUCUCAGGACCCAUUCUAGCUGCCGCAUUCCGUCGGGGCCUUGAGGAAGAUGGGCUUUUGGUGGGAUUGCCCUAUAUGGUGGCAGCUGGUUUAUUUUUUCUAUCCGGCUGCUUAACAGGUUGUGUUCGGAUUCCACAGUGA